AUGAGGGCGGCGCUCCGCAUUCCGCUGCGGGCUUCCAAUUUUGAUCCUGCGGCGGUCAUACGAUCGGCUUCGAAGCCUUCUCUCGCCUGCCACCCUGGCAAUUUCGCCCCGUUAUCUGCGGUUUCCCGUCGGUUGAUUUCCAGCUCGGUUACAACACCUCCUGCAUCAUGCUCGAAGCGCUUUUCCGGUCGUAUCGCCGAGUCGAUUCCCCGGGCCACUUACGCCACCAGCACGUCUCCGUUGUCUGAAUCGGCGAAACCAGGACAAAGUGAUGGAAAGCAUUCGGGAUCGGGUCAAUCGCGUAGUAAGGCCAUCAAGUAUGCUGUGAUUGGAGGCACGCUCGUGGUUGUCGCAGUGGUGUUUUCGGACCAAGUCCAACAUUUCUACCGUGCCGCUGCGAGAACUGGCAGAGUGGUUGGCACACUGGCGGUUUGCAUUAACGACUACCGGGUCACGCUUAAGCAAGAAACCUCCACGCCGGAGGAACGAAGCGAAGCCAUUCGGGCUUGCCACAAACGUUGCGCGGAACGGACUCUACGAGUUCUCGAGAAGAAUGGAUCGAUCUUUAUCAAGCUGGGACAGCAUUUGAGUAGCAUGGGCUACCUGCUUCCGUCGGAAUGGACUACAACCUUUAUCCCGCUCCAGGACAAGUGCCCCGUGUCCUCGAUUGAAUCGAUCGAGGAAAUGUUCGUGGCCGAUACAGGACGUCGUAUCGACGAGCUGUUCUCGUCCUUCGAUCCCGAGCCCAUCGGUGCCGCUUCUUUGGCGCAGGUGCACAUUGGUACGCUGAAAGAAACAGGUCAAAAGGUUGCGGUCAAGGUGCAGCAUCCCGCAUUGGCGGAGUGGGUGCCCCUGGAUCUGGCCUUGACUCGGUUUACCUUCUCGAUGCUGAAGCGGUUCUUCCCUGAAUACGAUCUGGAAUGGCUCUCUCGUGAAAUGGACCUGUCUCUGCCCCAGGAGCUGGAUUUCCGAAUGGAGGCGGAGAAUGCCACGCGGGCGAGCGAGUACUUCAAGAGGCACUCGGAUGCCCCGUUGGUCAUCCCCGAAGUGAUGUGGUCUCAAAAGCGUAUCCUGGUCAUGGAGUUCAUCUCCGGCCGACGUCCCGACGAUCUCGAAUUCCUCGACUCGAACCACAUUGACCGCGACGAAGUCUCCGCUGCUCUGGCACACAUCUUCAACGAGAUGAUCUUCGGUAACAACGCACCUCUGCACUGUGAUCCUCACGGCGGCAACAUCGCCAUUCGCCCGAACCCCAACCGCCGCCGGCACAACUUCGACAUCAUCCUCUACGACCACGGUCUCUACCGCGACAUCGACCAGGACCUACGGCGCAACUACGCCAAGCUCUGGCUGGCCGUGAUCGAGUCCGACCUGCCGCGCAUGCGCGAGUACGCGCGCAAGGUUGCCGGCAUCACGGACGAGCAGUUCCCACUCUUCGCCAGUGCCAUCACCGGUCGUGACUACAUGGUACUUAAAAAGAAGGAUAUCGUGUCUGCCCGUACCUCGGCAGAGAGAGAAAGCAUGUCCGGCUCUUUGGCCGAUGGUCUCCUGCAGCAACUAGUCGAACUUCUAGGCCAAGUACCUCGGAUCAUUCUGCUGAUUCUCAAGACCAACGAUCUGACCCGCAGUCUGGACGAGAACCUCCACACCCGCCAAGGACCUAUGCGCACCUUCCUGAUUCUCGCCCGCUACGCCACCCGCACCGUCUUCGAAGAGCAAAUGGACUCUGUCAACGAGACCGGAGGUAUCCUGCGUCCUGGGAACUUCUGGCGCUUCCUCUGCGCUUGGACUGGGUAUCUGCGCGUCGAGUUGAAGUUGUCAGUUUAUGAGACGUUGCUUUCGCUGAAGAGUCGGUUCGGGUUGGUUUGA